GAGGAGGAGGAGGAAGAGGACUGAGAGAUGUCUGCAGGAAAGGACCAGAGAGGGUCUGUGGAGGAGGUUUCGCAAAGGUCUGGAGGCAGGAGGAGGUCCCGGGUUUCACAGAGGAGGCAGGACUUUCUGGCUCUGUGGUGCGCUCCGACACCAGAGGUCCGCUUUAAUACCAGAGGAGGAGGAGGAGAGGAGGAGGAGGAGGAGGAGAGGCAGGUCGACUCUUUACACUGCUGCGAGAGAGAGAGAGAGAGAGAGAGCGAGAGAGAGAGAGCGCAGUCCACUCCUCCGUCCCGGACAGUCGCAUCGAGCAUCCAUGUGCCAAACGGACUUGUGGAUUCGGAGCGCAGACUGAGAGGAGUCUAGUCCUGGAGCGGGUUCACUCACUGAUCAGAUCCGCUCUCUUCUCCAGCUCGUAUAAAUCAGCACGUGCGAGUUUAUCUGAGCUCAGAUCAGCUCGGACUCUUCGGUCUGGACUUGCCGGGCUGCUUCCCCCUUGGGAUUCUCACAUCUGCGGGAUUUGGGACUGUUUCUUUCCUCAUGCAUGUUUUCCAUUAGUUUACGGACUCCUGUUGUCCGCGCACGACAUGCGCACCCCCGCUCUGUGCUGCCUGCCGGCGCGUCUUUGUCAUUUUAAUGUCGCUGAAAGCGUCUGCUUCAGUGUCACUUUGCAUUUCAGCGCAAACUGACAAACUGUCCCGGCUGGAAUAAAGAAGAGAGUCUGCGGGAGAGACGUGGGACGUGGAUCUGUUUCACUUCAUCUCUGGAUUGAUUUUUUUAUUUUUAUUUUUUCUUUAUUUAUUCCGCAAAAAAACUUUUUGAAUCGUUUUUUUUCCUGGAGCAAACUCGAGGAUGUUGCUCCGCUGCUGGAACCCUCCCUCCUGGUCCACCUGUAGGUUUUUCUUCUGCUUUCUGCUGCUGCUCCAAACGCCCCGGUCCUCCUCUCCGCUGAUCACAGGUACCGAGGCCAGCUGCGAUAACGAGGGAGAGGUCCUCCACAUCCCCAACAUCACCGACAACCCCUGCAUCACCUGCGUCUGUCUGGAAGGGAAGGCCGACUGUAAACAGGAGAAAUGUCCGCUUGUCUCUGAAGACUGUGCUCUGGUGGUGAAACAGACCGGAGCCUGCUGUGAGAGGUGUAAAGGUUGCAUGUUGGAUGGACGAUCCUACAACAGCUCAGUGUCCUGGACAACCUCCACCAAACCCUGCAUAACUAGAAGAUGUCAGGAAGGUGUGAUCACUGAGGCGGAGGUGCAGUGUGUCGUCCACUGCAAGAACCCCAAGAUCCACCCCAAGAAGUGCUGCCCCACCUGCCCAGGUUGCAUCUUUGAGGGUCGUCUGUAUAAAGAGAAGGAGGAGUUCAGUCCAGAGGGUAAACCCUGCAUCAAGUGCACCUGCACUGGGGGGCGGACUCUCUGCAUGAAGGAGGUGUGUCCUGUCCUUUCCUGCCCCGCCCACCUGACCCACACCCCGCCCGGGCAGUGCUGUCCCAGAUGUCUCGGUCAGAGGAAGGUGUUUGAUCUGUCUUUAGGAAGCUGUCUGUUCCACAGUGAGGUCUAUGAGAACGGCACUUGCUUCCUUCACGACAACUGCACCACCUGCACCUGCAAGGAUUCAACAGUGGUGUGCAAGAAGCGGUGCUCACGGCCGGGGAGUUGCCAGGGCAACCAGUGUUGUGAUGAGUGUUUGUCCUACGUGAAGGUGGAGGAGGUGAAGUACUGCAGAGUCCGGAACAAGAUCUACAGGGAAGGAGACAUGUGGUCGUCAGUGAACUGCACUCUGUGCGCCUGUGUCAAAGGAAACAUCGAGUGUCGGCCCAAACACUGUGUACCAAUCACCAGCUGCCCCUCGAAUAAGAUCCUGAACAGAACCGGCUGCUGUCCGGUUUGCACUGAAAAGCCAGGUGUGUGCACAGUGUUUGGGGACCCUCACUACAACACCUUCGAUGGCAGAACCUUUAACUUUCAGGGAACGUGUCAGUACGUUCUGACUCGCGACUGUGGCGGCGUCCCCACCGGAAGUCCAGGAAAUAACAUCAACAGCCCAGACUCCAGCUUCACGGUGUUGGUGAAGAACGACGCCCGGCGGACCCGCUCCUUCUCCUGGACUCAGUCGGUGGAGGUGAGGCUGGGGGGUUUGAUCCUCAGCCUGCACCAGCACCUGACGGUCCGGAGGAACGGCACCCGCAUCGCCCUGCCCUACCACGGCCCCGGCGUGCACAUCGACCUGGACGGAUAUCUGCUCAAACUCACCACCAUCGCAGGUCUGGAGAUCACGUGGGACGGUGACAGUUUCGUGGAGGUCGUGGCGGCCCCCCACCUGCGCGGACGCCUCUGCGGCCUCUGCGGCAACUACAACGGCCACAAGCGCGACGACACCAUGGGAGGCGACGGCCAGUUCAAGUUCGACGUGGACGAGUUCGCCGAGUCGUGGCGGGUGGAGGGAAACGAGGUGUGCUCCCAGCAGCCCCCGCCUCGCCGGCCGACGCCCUUCCUGUGUCCGGGCAGCGUCAAGGUCAAGUUCCGCGCUCACCGGGAGUGUCAGAAGAUCAAGUCGUGGGAGUUUCAGAAGUGCCACCGCGUGGUCGACUUCGCCCCUUUCUACAGGUCGUGUGUGACAGACAUGUGUGAGUGUCCGGUCCAUAAAAACUGCUACUGCGAGUCCUUCAUCGCCUACAGCCGAGCCUGCGAGAGAGAGGGAGUACCCGUCGUCUGGAGGCCCGACACUGCCUGUAUGGCCACCCAGUGUAAACACGGCGCCGUGUACGACACCUGCGGCCCGGGCUGCACCAAAACCUGCGACAACUGGAACGAGAUCGGACCGUGCCACAAGCCCUGCGUGGCCGGCUGCCACUGUCCCGCCAACCUGGUGCUGUUCCAGGGACGCUGCAUCAAACCCAUAUCCUGCCCCGGGCGGUGACCCUUGUGACUCGGGUGGGAGGGGAGAGGUGGGAGGGUCGUUUAGUUUCACAAAUUAAAAAAAGGGCCAAACUUGCCGAGAAGAAGAGUUUGGGAGGACACUAAAGGGUCUGAGGUCGACGGAUCAGAUGCCACGAGGCACUCAGGGUCCAUAUCUUAGCGAGGAAGCGUUGCUGCAGCGACGCCUCGGCGAAGGAAUGGACCGAAGGGAAACUUUGUGGGAUGGGAGGCUGAUCCUCGCUGCUGCAUUCAGCUUCUGAACUUUCUUGUGCCUCUUGCAAUAUCAUGUACUGUUACAAUACCAGUCGCCGCCACAGGGGGGCGCCAAUUUCAGAUUCGUAGAGGAAGAACUCGGCUCCUGAGAGGGAACUCAGGGGCCCUGUUUGGAGGUUUUACACUCUCCGGUAUCUGAGGAAAAGUUCGACACGCUGCCGCGGACCCUCAGGAAACAAACGGGGCCAGUGGACUCCCGUCAGAGCCAACAUGGCGCCCGAGUUUCUCUCACAGACACUCCACAGUGGGAAACCGAGCAUCUGCAUGAGAGAUAGCAGAGAAACUGAUGCAUCAUAUCAAACUGUCCUUGUGAUCCCCUAUUCCAUCAUUUCAUACUGUAAGCUAACCAGAUUUAUAUGAAAGACAGACAGCUUUUAUAUUAUUAUUGUUCUAAUUAUUAUUAUUAUUAUUAUUAUUUGUUGUUGAUGUUGUUAAUUUAUAUAUCUGUCAAAUGAGACGUUGUAGCAAAGAGCCAGAAUCAUGAAUAUAAUUGAGUUAUAAAUGAUCUAAAGGGAAACAAAAGCUAUUUAUGUAUUUGUAGUGUACUUUUGUGUUACUGUUUGAAGAGAAAUGCCCAAAUGUGACUCAGUCGUUGCACCAUCGCAGGGAAAAAAGUACUGUAUUGUGUUGUGCUCCAGUGUACAGGUUGUCGUGGUUAGUAUCAAACUGAAGGUGUUCAUCUAAGCGUAUGUUUCACUUGACAAUAAUUAUUUAAGACCAGCAAUAUAAUCUUUCUUGGAAGUCGA